UGUUCGGACGUAUCAUGUGAUUAGCUCUUGCUGCCACUUCGCUAAAGUAGCUAUGUCAAAAUAAUUAUAUUUUUGAUAGGACGGGUUGAGAGGAAGCUCACGUUUUACCCAAAAGGACCUAAGCAAGAUGCAGAACGUCAUAAACACAGUGAAAGGCACGGCUCUCGGAGUGGCUGAGUUUCUUACUCCUGUGUUGAAGGAAUCUAAAUUCAAAGAGACUGGAGUCAUUACACCAGAGGAGUUUGUAGCAGCUGGAGAUCACUUGGUUCACCAUUGUCCCACAUGGAAAUGGGCCACUGGGGAAGAGGUCAAGGUGAAGCCGUAUUUGCCCCAGGAUAAACAGUUUCUCUUGACACGCAAUGUUCCUUGUUACAAGCGCUGUAAACAGAUGGAGUAUUCAGAUGAGCUGGAAGCCAUCAUAGAAGAGGAUGAUGGAGAUGGGGGCUGGGUGGACACUUACCACAACUCAGCAUCAGUGUUAGGAGUCACAGAUGCUGUACGAGAGAUUUCACUGGACAAUAAUAAGGACAAGAAUAUGAAUGCCACAUCUGCAGCAUGUUGUGAUGAUGAUGAUGAAGAUGAUGAUGAAGAUGGAGAAGCAGCAGAUAUGGAAGAAUACGAGGAAAGUGGCCUGUUGGAAACAGAUGAGGCAACCCUGGACACCAGUAAAAUGGUAGAAACUAAAGUCAAAGCAGAGCCAGGGAGUGAGGAUGCCAUCCUUCAGACCAGAACAUAUGACCUGUACAUCACGUAUGAUAAAUACUACCAGACCCCUCGACUCUGGCUGUUUGGAUAUGAUGAGGACAGGCAACCACUGACUGUAGAGCAGAUGUACGAGGACAUCAGCCAGGACCACGUGAAGAAGACAGUCACCAUUGAGAACCACCCCCACCUCCCUCCGCCCGCCAUGUGCUCUGUCCACCCCUGCAGACAUGCUGAAGUGAUGAAAAAAAUCAUUGAGACUGUGGCAGAAGGGGGAGGAGAGCUGGGAGUGCACAUGUAUCUUCUGAUUUUCCUCAAGUUUGUCCAGGCUGUCAUUCCCACAAUAGAAUACGACUACACAAGACACUUCACCAUGUAGCUUCAUAAAUCUGCCUCUGCUAAUGCUACAUCUGUACGUGGGAAAAAUCAGCUCUUCUGCCUCUGUGUUGAGAUUAUAUCUGGUCUGGUCUGAUCUGAUUACAAUCGGUUAGUGGAGUGUUGGUGUUACUCUGAGACACUGUCUGUGUGUGGGGGACAUGGGGGAUAUUGGAGGUAUGUGACAAAACUGUCUGUUAAAGGAACAGUCGUACGUUUUGGAAAACAGGCUUGUUUCCCAUGAAACCCAAAGUCAACAUUAGUUAAUCUGUAUGUGUCAAGGACAGGGAUGGUUGUUGUCUCUCUAACUACAGUUAGUUUAGCUUUAUAAACACAGCUUUCAUGAAACUUAGUGCUGUCUUAUGUUCAUGUUUUUAUUUUCUAUGAUUUAAAUAGAAAUGUAAAAAUAACACUUUGACAUAUUUGGAACUGUUUUUUUUCACUUGUGGCAAAGCUGGCUAGCAGUUUCCCCCUACUUCCAGUGUUUUUGCUAAGCUAUCUCUGUACUAGACAUACAGAAAUGAAACUGAUGUCCAUCUUUUCAUCUCACUCUGGGUAAGACUGCAAGCAAGGCUUCGACUGAAAAGUUUGACUGUUCCUCUGAUGUUUCUUUACAGGUUCAAUGUGACCACAAUGUGGUGAGCUCUCACAAAGUUGUUGUUAAGAAGGUCUUGAUGUUGUCACUAAAACUCACCUCAUUCCACACUGUUUCACUGCUUCAAAUGUACUAGUCCAUUUCAGAAAAUAAAUUAACCCUGGCCGUGCAAGGUCGUCAGCUCCUUGAGUUUGUAAGAAUCAGAUGGGUUGUGGAAAACGAUGCUGCCUUCAGUAUCAGUGACAAGAUAUUAAAGCUGCUUUAAGUAAUUUUGGCCUAGCAGCAGAACAAGCUGUACAGACAACACUGAUGUUUUUAUGACCUUAUAAAGUUGUUAUGGCUAAUAUGUUAGCAAACAAUUGCAGAUCAACAGAUUUGGAAAACACAGAGCAACAUUAGCAUUAUUUUUUUCUUUGCUCCUGAUGAAUGUAAGUCCAAUAAUCACUGUCUUUUAAUUAAUUAAUUAAUCUAAUUAACCCGCUCCACUAUGUUUACCAGCUAACAUGGUCUGUCAGCUGUUAAGCACACCCAUUUCUUAUACAACUUAAAUAUUUAAAGGAUAAAAAAAGCAUAAAUAUGUGGAUUUGGACAUUUGUUGGUAAGAAAUGUAUAUUUUCUUGCUAACAUAGCUUUCUAAAAUGUCUCUGUACCUGACAGCAGCAUUGAUAGAAGUUUCUUGACUAUUGAUCAUAUUGUUGCCAUGCCUCACUGCUGUGAGUCAUGGGAACACUGGUUAUUAUUGCUACCACUCUAAUGCACUUUGCAGGAGUCAUGGCUUAACCUCAUUGUUGUAAAUCAGCUCUUUAUGCCAGUUUGUCUUAAUGCUUCUUUCUCUGAAUGUGUUAAUGGCCAGGCCCUUUGAUUCGCCAAUGGUUCUUGUGGUUUGCUUCAAUAUUUUUGUGUUUUAUUUCAACUUUGAACAGUGAUUUAUCUUCUGCAGCUUGUGUCAGAGCCUUGAGACAUUUUUUUUCAGUUUGUCUUGCUUCUACAAGCAUGAUGUAUCACUACCUGUUGAGUCUAGGAGCUAUGUGAAAGUUGGCUGUGACUUUUAUGUGCAGAAUUUUCCCAAAACAAUUAUUUUAUUGUCACAAGCCUCUUGGUGUACUUCAGUAAAUCCUUCUGUGGAUUCCAGGUUUUGUUUGUAGGAUUCUGAAAUAUAAACGAUAUUUUGCUCAUUACAGUAACGUGUUCCUGACAGUACUUACACAACUAAAUAAAAUAUCUGCUUCAGUAAUCCUCGCUCUAUCUUCCUUGUUGUCUGUUGGUUAAGAAUAUUCACUCUGUACUGCCUGUUGGUCCAGUCUUCUGAUGUAACUUACUCAGUGGUAACACUUGAACAUUUUAAAGUAAUGUACAUUUAUCAUUAAAGAGUUUCCGAAAUA